CUAUCGUCUACUUCUUAACAACUUUGAGGGUUUGUGACCGGUCCAGCCGGAACAGAGAUAAACUACUACUACUACUAGAUCUACUAGAUCUAGUUAGCUAAGUGGCAGGGAUGUCCUCGUAAUAAACCGAACAUACACAAUGACGUCCUACUGCUGUCGGCGAUACGUGAGCCGGUUGUUCCAGACCUUUGGGAAACCGCAGCCUAAACCCAAGUCAGAAAGAAAGGAGCAUGAACUGGGGUUGUCGUGUAAAAGUCAUAAGCUGAUGCUGUAUAACGACAUUAUCGCCCCGAGCCACUCUGGCGGCUUUCACUUACUUCCCCUUGGACUGCGGGCCCUGGAAAAACUGACGAGGCUGGUGGACCAAGAGAUGGAGGCCAUUGGUGGGCAGAAGGUUGCCUUGACGACGCUUGCACCGGAGGCCCUGUGGCACCAGUCAGGCAGGUGGGUGUCGGCCGGUGCGGAGCUGUUUACACUCAAGGACAGACACAAACACCAGUACUGUCUGGGUCCGACCCAUGAGGAGCUGGUGACCAAACUGAUGGCCAACAUGACUCACAUCUCCUACAAACACCUGCCCAUCAGACUCUACCAGAUAUGUACACAUUUGACACCUGUGAGAAGACAGCCCUGGAGACGUACAACACAGUGUGUGGAGCAUACGAGCGUAUCUUUGACAGGAUCGGAGUGGAGUAUGUCAAAGUGUCUGGAGCUACAGGUAUAAUCGGCGGUGACCUCUCCCACGAGUUCCACUAUCUCACUGACGUGGGUCAGGACUCCCUGCUCACCUGUCACAGAUGUGGAGUUGAGAUGAAUAAAGAACUAGCGGAAGAGGAUGGCAGUUUACCCGGCGUGUGUCAGCUCCCAGGUUCGGAGUGUCAGCUACUGGAGAGGAGGGGGAUAGAGGUGGGUCACACAUUUUACCUUGGCACCAAAUACUCGUCUGUGUUCAACGCGUGUUACAGGGCCCAGGAUGGGAGCUCCAUGGUUGAGUAUGAGAUGGGCUGCUAUGGUCUGGGCAUGACCAGGAUCCUACAGGCGUCCCUGGAGUCUCUGUCUACGGACGCCUCUCUACGCUGGCCGCGACUCCUGGCUCCAUACCAGCUGUGCAUCAUUCCUAAAAAGGACCGUACCCAUGGGGAGGAGUACCUGCGACUAGCGGAGUCCCUGAGUGACCAACUGACGAGCCACCCCCACCUACGUAGCGAAGUGAUCAUCGAUGACCGCAUGUCGCUGACCAUCGGACGAAGACAGGUGGAUGCUGACCGUCUCGGCUGUCCGUACACCCUGGUCCUGGCUGGCAAGGCCCUGGAAUCCUCCCCGCAGUAUGAAGUGAUUGACAACUACACUGGAGAAACGUCCUUCUUGAGCUGGGAACAGCUCUCUGACUUUGUGGACAAAAUUGUCACCGUAUGACAUUGUGGACAAAAUUGUCACUGUAUGAAUAUGGACAGAAUUGUCACUGUAUGAAUAUGGACAAAAUUGUCACUGUAUGAAUAUGGACAAAAUUGUCACUGUAUGAAUGUGGACAAAACUGUCACUGUAUGAAUGUGGAAAAAAUUGUCACUGUAUGAAUGUGGACAAAAUUGUCACUGUAUGAAUGUGGACAAAAUUGUCACUGUAUGAAUGUGGACAAAAUUGUCACUGUAUGAAUGUGGACAAAAUUUUCACUGUAUGACAUCGUGGACAAAAUUAUCGCUGUAUGGUUGUUUGCAGAAACCUAAAAAACUUUGAAUCUCUGCACUGGACAAACGGUAAAAAUAAAAAGAAGUAAUGCUAUGUGACCAUAGCCACCCACUGGUAUCGAAAUUUCAAUUAUCGGUCCGUAGUAAACGAAGCAUAGGCUUAAAGGCUUAACCAAGACAGCGAAAACAGACAAAUAGGGAAAUUCAUUCGUGCCAACUGCAGUGAGGUUACGGUACACACAGCGCUUCAAAUGAAACAGAGAAAGAGAGACAGAGAAAAA